AUGACGGUCAAACACGGGCACAACUGCCUCGAAGACGCUUCGAACGUCGUCCACGACGCCUUUCUCUCUCGGGAGACAAGGCUGCGCAGCGCGUUGGUCUCCCUCGCCGGCGAGAUCGAGGGCAAAUCACUUCUUCAAAGCCUCCGAGCCCCUUCGCAUGCCGCGACAGAUCCAGGGAUAUUUGCCGAGAAGGACCCUAGCUGAUCCUCUCCACUAUCUAUUUACUACGCCCUACUCCGUUAGGAUCAUUUAGAGCUCUACUGCCUUCAAACAUCAAUGCGAAGCCUCGACGGACGGCGCGAAGAACAAGGAGCCAAAGCGACGUCGGGUGCUCCUCGGUGCGAUCGUCACCUCGAGGAGAUUGUUGCAGCGACGGCAAGGCGAAUCCCAAAAGUUGUCGUGUUCAACCAUACCAUCCAGCAUCCCAAGCUCAAGGAGACGCUUGCCAAGAUUGCCAACAGCAGCAACAGCCUUCCUAGGGGUCGACCUCUGUCCCCCACCCUGCCCCCGUCAUCACGAGCGACACCCUCGCCGCAAUCGUCCACGGACGAUCGAGAAAAACAUGGGAGGGCAGGUUCGACAACGGUGACGAACCAACCCAAGUCGUCACCUUUGUUCGCUGGUUCGAGCACGGCUUAGUACUCGUCCGGCGGCCCACGAAGCCGAUCCCCUCGUCUGGGCGUCGACCAAAUUCGGACAGGUUUGUGACGUUACGCUAUAUCCCAACCGCGUCGUCCUCGUGA